AGUACUAACACCAGUUGGGCCUUAUUUGACGUCCUUCCGUCUCCCAGGCCGAAAUAGUCAGACGGCACGCCGAUGGAACCACCGCAAGCAGCCAUGGCGUCGGAGGCCGGCGCCGGCGUCGACGCGGACGCGUACCGCAUCCGGCCGCUCGAGCUCGGCGACCUCUCCAAGGGCUUCUGCGACCUCCUCGCGCAGCUCUCCCCCUCCGCGCCCCUCACCGAGGACUCCUUCCGCUCCCGCUUCGCUGAGCUCGCGGCCCUGGGCGCCGACCACCUCGUCCUCGUCGCGGAGGACGCCGGCACGGGCCGCAUCGCCGCAGCGGGGGCCGUGCUGGUGGAGCGCAAGUUCAUCCGGCGCUGCGGCACCGUGGGGCACGUCGAGGACGUGGUGGUGGACGCCGCGGCGCGCGGCCGGGGGCUCGGGGAGCGCGUCGUGCGCCGCCUCGUGGAGCACGCGAGGGCGAGGGGGUGCUACAAGGUCAUACUGAACUGCACCCCGGAGCUGAGGGGGUUCUACGCCAAGUGCGGAUUCGUGGAGAAGAACGUCCAGAUGGGGCUCUACUUCUGAUCUAGGUCCACCCUUCUCGGAUGGAUCUCUUCCUGCUAUACUGGCGGUCUUUUUGAAGAAGGUGGCCAUAUCUUGUUAGAUGAGGUCGGAAACGGUAUGAUGAUUUCUGCUGUAUCGCCCUGUGCUGUUAGUGUCUGGUGGGUAGUCAAAACUCACAAGGGUCGAGCCUGAAGAAAGCCCUAGUGGUAGAUGAAUAUUCCGCAGUUGACUCGCAUAUACCUGUGAGUAGUGGGAAGGGCAAGUUGACAAGAGUCCUAGGAAGGGUAAGGUGGAACAGUGGGACUGGGACUAUAUCUGAGCUAGUAGUGCGAAAAAUCUCACCCGACUCUGACGCUGGGUGCUAGUGGAUCCCUGAUUCAGCUUGUGCUGGAUUGCUUCUUUUAUCAUCUUUUGCUCUUAUUUGCCUGAAUUCUGAAAAUCAGUUGAUCUGACUGUAGGUCAUAGAACUCAUAGUACGACCGAGCACCUGAUGAUCUUUUCGUGAAUAGGCCACAGUGGUUUUU